GUCAAAACUCAACAGAAAGGUCUACGAGCACAAUAGUGCUCUGGAAGCACGCCGAAACGUGGAAAUCGGAUCGCGGCUACGUAUGGUCUGCUUCGCUUUUACAGAUCCUAUCUGGCCUCCCCACAACUAAGAGAUGAAGGAUCUAGGGCUCACGGCAGAAGUGUACCAUGAUACGCUGCACCACAUCGAGAGCAUCAGACAUGAUGCAAAGUCAAAGCGGGCGUUCUUUGGAAAGAAGAAGCCCAUGGAAGACGCCGUGCCUGCGGUACUCGACUAUCUCAAAGUCGUAAACCUGCUCCGACACCAACAAGGGUCCAAGGUCAUAUGGACUAUUGAAGGAAUUCCGGCAGGAAAGGGACCUUACGAGAUCAGUCUCUGGGAUCAAAGCGAUCCAUUGGAGCUGUUAGUGCAGCUAGAGAAGCAUGGAGUCAUCAAGAAGAAGAGGUUCUUCGAUGACUUGGAGGUUGGAGAGGGACUAUGAAGCGAACCUUGCAUUUGAGACGCAGGAUUAUUGGAUAGCGGAGUUGCUGACUUCGAACGCGGGCCUGAGCGUCGAGACACAUAAUUUUCUGGACUUGGAAGCUCUUUUGAGCCUUUGCAGUCCCAUAGCCUGCAGACCGAAUCAUCAGGCGAAGA